UUUUUGCCAUCGUUCUGAUUGUUGCAUCAGAGAACUGUGCACAGUAACGUACCUUCAAUGAAAUGAACAACGUUAUUGCCAAUAAUCCUAUUCAUCUUUUCAAUUCUCAGUCGUCGUGUUUACUUGGUCGUUCUCGUGUCCCUUCUCUUCUUCUUCUUCAUAGCUCAAGCUCGAAAUGGACACGUGGCUCCAAAACCCUCAGAGUACGAAGUACAACGUGUGAUUCAACCUCGACUAUUUAUGGUGGUUGGGAUGAACUUGGCGGAUCAGAAGUUUCCGGCGAGUACGAUACGUUGCGGAAUUUUCUCGUUUCAGUUGGAUUCGAUGAUAGGAAGAAUGUUUUCGUGUUCCUCACGGGGAUUGUUUGUGCGAUGGCGAUUUCUAGGGUUAAGGUUUCUUCUGUGCUUAUUAUUCCCUCUUCCGCUUUGGUUUUUGCUGUUGGUUACGCCGUAGGGUUUUUUCGAAAUGGAAUGUUGUCGUUCGGUGAAGUUAGGGUAAGUGGAAGUAAGAAAAAGGAUGAGAAUUUGUAUGAGAAAUUGAGGAGUUUAGUUGAAUUCUUUGAUGAGCUUGAUCUUGUUGUUAAUAAUUUGAAGAGUGAUGUAGAGAGUUCUAUCAAGAAUAAAAAGAUUAAAAUGGAUGAUUUAUAUGGUUAUGUUAACGUUACGGAUAAGAUAAAAUUGUCAGCUUUGAAUGGUAAGAAUAUUGUUAAGACUUUGAUUGAUAAUAAUGAGGAAAAGUUUAAUGGCGUUUUGGGUGAGAAUCAUAAAACUGCUAGAAGAAAGAAACAAGUUGGAGAAGAUGGGUAUCAAAUUCUGCAAUCUAUUGGCAGUUUGUUUGAGGAAAAUUUAAGUAGCUCGAAUACGAACAAAGUUAGAGAAAAUGUGGAGAGACAGUUGGAUCAAACUCGAGGUGCGUUGCCUCGAGUUGAAGAUAGGCCUUUGAAUUUGGUUGAUGAUAUGGAUAGUAAAGUAAAUGGGAAGUUGGAUUCUUCUCAAGACUCAUUUACUAAGUCUGUUUUGGAUAUGGACAGAAAUGGUAGAAUAAGUACUAAUACAGAUAGAGAAAAUUUCGGUGUAGGGGACAAUCGCCGAAGCGCUGACAAAUUCCGUGACCGAAAAGAGUAUAAUUACAGGAAUAAAGGAUUGAGGUUCACAAAUAACCGCAGCUUCUCUCUGAAGAUGGAUUCCAGCAGCGUGACCGACAUGUGGGAAUCCAAUGACAGUAUGCUUGAUUCUGAAAGGUUUAAAGUCAGAAUGAAACGCGUGGAGAGCGAGACUUCCUUUUUGCGCGAGCAGUUGCUCAAUCAAGACCAUGAAACUUUCAGGUCUUCUCUUGACGAGAGGGAUAGUGGUUUUGAUAGCUCUCAAUAUAAAGAAGAUAAAGAUAGGGUGAAUUACGAUGUCAAUCACCAUCUCGAUGAUGACUUGUCUACAAGUGAGAAUGAAUUUGAUACCUCUUCAUCUACAAAAAUUUCAGAUGAUAUAAUGUUUGAUAGGUAUCUUAAUGAAGCAACAGAUCUCCUAAAACAAGCAAAAGAGUUUGUUAAGGGUAUUUAUGAUGGCGAACAAGCUGAAAUCAUGUUAUACAAGUCUGCAAACUUACUGUCCAAAGCUGUGGACUUGAAGCCUUUGAGUUUGCUGGCUGUAGGACAGCUAGGAAACACUUACCUUCUUCAUGGAGAAUUAAAGUUGAAGAUUAGUCGUGAGCUGAGAACUCUUCUUUCGGGAAGCAUCCAACGGUCGUCUUCAAAACACAGUAGAAUAUCGAUGGAACUGCGAAAUAAAAUUACCAGUAAAGAAGAAGCUAAGCAAUUGCUUAUUGAUGUAUGUGAAGAGUGUGAAGAGCUACUUGUGAAGGCUGGGAGAAAGUAUAGACUGGCAUUGUCAAUUGAUUCAAAUGAUGUGAGAGCUCUAUAUAAUUGGGGCCUUGCACUCUCUUUCCGUGGUCAAUUGAUAGCAGAUAUUGGUCCGGGUGCAGCUUUUGAGGCUGAAAGAGUAUUCUUGGCUGCAAUUGACAAGUUUGAUGCUAUGCUGUUGAAAGGCAAUGUUUAUGCACCAGAUGCUUUGUUCAGAUGGGGUGUGGCCUUACAACAGAGAUCUCGAUUAAGGCCCGGAAGUAGUAAGGAGAAAUUGAAGUUACUGCAGCAGGCUAAAAGGCUGUAUGAAGAUGCCCUUGAUAUGGACUCUAAUAAUAUGCAAGUGAAAGACGCCCUAUCACUGUGUGUCUCUGAGCUUAACUAUAGGCAAUUUUAGUCAAUUCAUGGAAAGGGUUAUCAUGAAGAAUCAGUUUGCUUUCAAUUCCUGGGUUGCACUAUGUUAUCUGCCAUGGAUCUAGCAGCCAGCAGGUAUAUUUGCAUAAGUGGCCAAUAGUGUAAAUGAGUUAUGAUUCCUAGUUUCACCUUCUUCCUAUCAUUUUUUCAUAGAAUUAGACAAAAGACAGCACGUAUAAUAAGUUAAUAACAGUGAUAAUAAAGAUUAAAGGGAACUAUUUUUCCUUCAUGUCAACACAGUCAUGAUGAAUUUUAGUUAUAUCUGUAUAAAAUAAUUUCUCUGAUACAGAGUUGGGAACACACACUAUGUCCGCAUAGUGGCACACACUUGUGUGAUUUUGCUC